AUGAUCGGCUCAUUAACCUUUUGUUUGAUAGGCUUCGCUUUGUUCUCUCCUUUGUGUGCGCAAUCCGCACCACCGCCUAACAUUUUGGUUCGACGUGAAUAUUACAUUGGCGGUCGCCGUGUACCUACCCCCGUUGCUUAUGGCCCUGCAUCCACUGUUGGCGGCGGCAUAGUCACCGUUGUUAUUAAUGACCCUGCAGCCACUGCCGGUGGCGUACCUACAGCCGUUGCUCAUGGCCCUGCAUCCACUGUUGGCGGCGGCGUACACUCCGUUGUUAUUAAUGACCCUGCAGCCACUGCUGGUGGCGUACCUGCAUCCACUGUUGGCAGCGACGUACACACCGUUGUUGCUAAUGGCCCUGCAGCCACUGCCGGUGGCGUACCUACCGUCGUUGCUCGUGGCCCUCCAAUGGUUGCACCAAACCCUAGUAUCGUGCUAGGAAACGGGACCGACUUGAAAGAUUCACUUCGAUAUCGUUCUGCGAUUGACGGUGAGGUUAUCGGGUUAAUACUAGGAGGAGUCGGGGCUUUGAUUUUUGGCAUAGGUAGCAUUUGGUCCAUAUUAAGGAGAAAAAGAAAGAAAGCUAACAAAGUUAAUGAGGACAUAUUUGAAGGUGAAUUCCAAAAUGGAAUGGGACCUAAGAAGUUUUCCUUGGUACAAAUAGCUAAAAUGACCUCUAAUUUCAAGGGUGAAAAGCUCGGAGAAGGAGGGUUUGGUGCUGUUUUUAAAGGGUACUUGACAGACUUGGACACCAAUGUUGCCGUUAAACGGAUUUCGAAGGCCUCUAAGCAAGGUAUCAAGGAAUACGCGUCGGAAGUGAAGAUCAUCAGCAGAUUGAGGCAUAAGAACUUAGUGAAACUCGUCGGUUGGUGCCAUGAAAAAGGCGAACUAAUACUCGUUUACGAGUUCAUGGCUAAUGGAAGCUUGGAUUCCCAUCUUUUUAAAGGUAAAUCCUUAUUGACUUGGGAUGUAAGGUUUAAAAUCAUGCACGGCUUGGCAUCAGCUCUGUUGUAUCUACACGAAGAAGGCGACCAUUGCGUACUACAUAGAGAUAUUAAAGCAAGCAACAUUAUGUUGGAUUCUAGUUUCAAUGCUAAACUCGGCGAUUUCGGGUUAGCUAGACUAGUCGACCAUGCGAAAGGGUCGCAAACGACACAAUUAGCCGGGACUAUGGGCUAUAUGGCACCCGAAUGCAUUUCAUCGGGAAAGGCUAGCAAAGAAUCUGAUGUCUAUAGCCUUGGAGUGGUGGCAUUGGAGAUUGCAUGCGGUAGAAGAUCGAUAGAGCCGAAAUACAAAGAAUCCCGGGCUUCAUUGGUAGCAUGGGUGUGGGACUUGUACGGAAAACAACUGUUGCUCAAUGCGGCUGACCCCAAACUAUCAGUGGAAUUCGAUGCUAGAGAGAUGGAAUGUUUGUUGAAGGUCGGGCUGUGGUGUGUUCAUCCAGACCAGAAUUCAAGACCGUCAAUAAGGCAAGCCAUUCGGGUUCUGAAUUUCGAGGCACCAUCACCAAAGCUUCCAAGUACGAGGCCUACUCCAACGUAUGAUGUACCGAUGGGCUGUGCAACUCAAGCAAGUGAGCCUUGUUGUUCUGUUGUUUGUAUUACUGUCCCGCGUUAG